CUUAAAGCUUUCAUUGAGAAUGAUUACAUUGUAGCUGUACCUGUGCAGGAAAGAAGGACUCCAAAACUUAACCCAAAAGAAUUUGCAUACCGAUUUGCGGAGGAGAAAUGAGUAUUUCACCUUUACCUGUGCAUAUGAGCUGCUUUGGCGUCAGCUCAGAUGCUGUGGCUAUGGCUCGAGGUUAUUCGAAGUCCAAUUACGGCGAGCGCCUCGCAUCCGUCAAGGCAGCAUUGGCGUCGGCCCCGGCGUCAUCUCCAGGAUCAGGGAUUGCUUCUGCUGCAGCGGCACCAGGUGUCAGUGCUGGGCCUGCGAAGCAUGUCUCAUCAUCCCACCAGACACCACAAGUCAAACUACAGCCCUUGGGGCCCGGUCAGGCACAACAGUUUUUAGCCCACAGCAACGCCAACCCCAGCAGCGGGGGAGGUGCGGUCCCCAGCUCCGCGCCUCCAACCCUGCUCGCCUACCGCUCCCAUACUAAGCACUACCACACCAUCACCCCACAACUCCAAUCCCUGGACUUUAUCAGCAUUGCGGUGAACAGCGUCGGCGGUGGCGGCGUGCCUAGACCGUACGGCAAGUUCCAAGCUUGUCGUUCUGGUGACGGUAACGCGCUGUGGCAACGCCUACCUCCGGAACCCGGUACCUGGCAGUCUAAGGCGCUGCCCAUCGCCGUAACGCUUCUCAGUGAUGGGCCUCCUGGCGCCGGAACCAUGAAUGACGCUGCGCAGCCGUCAUCGCCGCAACGACUGCCUAGCAGUAGCGGCGGCGGUGGUGCCAGCUCACCGCGGGGCGUGCAAACAGCGCCGCUACAGCAGCAGCCGCAGCAAUCACAGCAACAGCGGAGAGCGGGUUCCAGCCCAAGCCCGCCUCGAUCGCCAUCACGCAGCCCUUCUCCGACCAACUUUGCGUUUCCGGGCGGUGCGGUACUGGUUAGCGACGUAGGACUGGCAAGCCGUACGGCAGUACCGCCAUUGCCGUACUACCAGACCCAGUCGUACCCCAUUCCAGCUCAACCGCCAACCGCCGCUGCUCAGAGCUUGCUACAGCAACCCCCGUCCCCCCACUCGCCGCACUCUCCACAUUCCCCGCAUGCUCCGCUUUCUCCACAUCAGCUAACGUUGCAACAACAGCAGCAACUCCAACAGCUCCAACAGCUACAGCAACUACACUCACAAGUCGUGCAACAGCAACAACAACAACAGCAGCAGCACCCUUAUGCAGCGGACCCAAUGUUUCUAACCCAACAAUACCAGCCGCCCUCCCACCUUCAGUCACUACAUCCCGGAGCCAGUACGGUAAACCCCCGUCGAGGCAACCUCCAGGGAAGCCAGGGCGCCCAAACCACCGCAUCAACCGGCAGCAAACCCGCGCUACUAGCCAACGGCGGCGGCGGCCUAACGCCGGGGCUGACGUCAACCUUUGGGGGCCCUCCUCGUACGGCAAUGCAUGAAGAGUCGUACUACAGACGACCCGGCAGUUCGGCGCACCGUUCGUUGGUACCGUUGGGGCCGCCGGAAGCGAAUGCGGGGCAUGGAUCUUGGUUUGCUCUGCCGGCAGCUACGUUUCUGUCCGAAGUGCCGCCGGUUCCGGAGCAUCUCCGCAUGGAUAACGGCUACAGUGUCAGCCGGGACUUCCUCAUAUCCGGCAUGCACCAGCCCCGGCAGCUGCCGCCUCCCUCCCCACCCCCCUCGCAUCCCGCCACUCCCCAGCGCAACAGCCAGCAGCCGCAGCCGCAGCUCUCCUCGGGCUUCCACCAUCCUCACCCACAACCUCGUCCACAGGACCAGCAAGGUCUCUGGGAGGCGUUGGAGAAGGGCGGACAAGCGGUCAUGCAGCACCACAAUCACCAGCAGCAGCAACGACUGCAGCAGCAACAGCAGGUCCUACCACAACAGCAGCAGCAGCAGCACCCGGGCUAUGGCAGCAUCGGGCCGGCGGUGCCCGCAGCAGCAGGAGCAGCAGCAGCAGGAGAGACAGGAAGGGUGUCGCCGGUUGCUGGCGGCUUGCGAGGCGUGUACGUGCCGUUUGGAAAGCGUGUGGACGGGUCGCAACAGCAGCAGCAGCAGCAGCUGGGCGGUGGGCUGGAGGAGGAGCAGGCGAUGACGGUGCAGAGGAGGUCAGGGGUGCCGCUGCUGGAAGGGGGGUCGCUGCGGGGAUCGUUGUCCUUCCCGCCUGAACGGAGUUUGCCGCGCCGUAAUGCGCCUACGGGGCGGUGAUGAGAAGGGAGGGGUCAUCCGAGGGGAUGAGGUGGUCUGCACAUGGCUGUGGGUUAAAGGAGGGGCCGGCGGAGUCAAAGGGCGUUGUGUUGUGUUGGGAUCGUCAGGACGAGAGGCAUAUCCCGCAUGAAGAUAGAGCUAUUGACGUGAUUGCUGCAUUGCAUACUUUGGGUGGGAGAGUGUUUUUUAUUGCCAAAGGCUAUUUGAAUCGCAUGGCUGGUUGUGCCAUUGCGUGCAUGAAUGAAGAAAGUAGAAAUCGUGGUGGGGGCAUCUGGGAAGAGAUACCGGUACAUGGCGAGUUAGCAAGCAAUACAAGCGUAGUGGAUGCCAUCAGGAAGGGUUCGCUUACUGCGCAACUUGCGGUCGGGUUUUUUCGGCGUUGGGAGCGUAUGGAUGGGAGCAAGCGCUGCGAGGUGCGCUCCCCUCCGCUAGCUGUUUCGUUUGUGAGACAGCAGGUACAUCACCAGGCACGCGGUAGGAUGGGAGAUUGGCGCGCUUUUGCGCGGAGUAUACGUGUUUAGGAGGUGUGAAAGGGAUGACAAUCUUUCCUAUCGUGGGUUGUGGCUGUGUAGUUCGCCUUCUAAGAGUUAGGGCAUGCUUGGAAGUUUCAUGCGUACUGCCAUGAUGCCAUGUUGUAGGCUGGCGUCUCUGUUGGUGCAGUGCGUGUUUGGGAUCGCAUGAGAAGUUUUGACGUCGAGCCAAGUUACCAGUUCAGCUACCUUUGCUUACAUGUUUAGGCAUACAUACAACGAAGGUUCAAUGAAUCCGACCAACCCAUAUACGCAUCACAACUUCACA